CCACCCGGGGAAGACACGGGCGCGUGAGUUUACGUGUUGGUUCAUUUAUCCAUGUUUUUUUGACAAAGAGGAAUGUAGCAGUACUGCAGUGGGCAGGAGCCACUAGCUCUGAGGCAGCCAAAGAAACCCAAAGGGGUAAAUCUUUAUAUUUGGCGAAAGAAAAAUAUGAAAAAGAAAAAUAAAUCAUCCAAUCAGCGUUUGAACCAGAAAUCUGGCUUUUCGAAAUUACCCCAAAAAAACCAAAGAAAAAAUAGAAGAAACUUCGAGACAACUACGAUUCGCCAUCGAAUAAAAGUGGGAUUGAUUUCUGUUUCUUUCACUCUCCGACAAUGGAAGUCUAGAAGGAGAGAAAAAAAAAGGAACUUGGUAAAAAAAGGUUUACGAAAAAGAAAAAAAAUUAUUGAGAAAAAAGGCUAAAAGCUUGGAAAUCUUCAAUAAUGGUGGUUCCUAGGGUUUCUAGGGUUUUGUGAUCCGUGAUUGCUCUACAGAUUAUCAAUGGAAAUGUCCGGUCGAAGAUCCAGCUACUCUCUCCUUAGCCAGUAUCCAGACGACCAGUACUCCGUGUCCAUAUCUGGUGCUCUGCUGCCGUCCCUUUCAAGCGAAUCCACGAGUAAUAAAAAUAGCAAGGUGAAAUCCGAGAGAGGUUUAAUUGAUUGGGAUCAGAAUCAGAGUCAGAACCAAAGUCACAACCAGCAACAAGCGGGUCGAAUCGGCGGCGGCGGAGGAGGGAAUACAUAUGCUUCGUCAGUCGGGCUUCAACGGCAAUCGAGCGGGAGUAGCUUCGGUGAGAGCUCGUUAUCGGGAGAUUAUCAUGUGCCGACACUUUCUUCGACGGCGGCAAACGAGAUUGAUUCGUUCGUGUACGGUCACGAUGAGAGCUUUAGGCAUGGGGAUUUGAGAACGAAAUUUGGGGGUUCGUCGACGGGUAAAAGCUGGGCGCAGCAAACGGAGGAGAGUUAUCAGUUGCAGUUGGCGUUGGCUUUGAGACUUUCUUCGGAAGCUACCUGUGCUGAUGAUGCGAAUUUUUUGGAUCCAGUUCCGGAUGAUUCUGCAAUUCUGACGACUAGCUCAAGCUCUGCUGAGACAGUUUCCCAUCGGUUCUGGGUGAAUGGCUGCUUGUCAUACUUCGACAAAGUUCCUGAUGGGUUUUAUUUAAUUCAUGGAGUGAAUCCAUAUGUCUGGGCUGUGUGCACUGAUCUGCAUGAACAUGGUCGAAUUCCAUCAAUUGAUUCUCUAAGAUCUGUUGAUCCUACUGUGGAUUCACCUCUAGAAGUGAUAUUGGUUGAUCGAAGAAGUGAUCCCAGCUUAAAAGAACUGCAAAAUAGAGUCCACAACAUUUCUUGCAACUGCAUAACCACAGAAGAAGUUGUCGAUCAGGUAGCAAAGCUUGUCUGCAGUCGCAUGGGGGGUUCAUCUACUACAAGAGAGGAUGACUUUGUUUCCUUUUGGAGGGAGUGCAGUGAUGAUUUAAAAGAUUGCUUAGGUUCAGUUGUGGUUCCUAUAGGGAGCCUAUCCGUUGGCCUCUGCAGACAUCGAGCUUUACUAUUCAAAGUGCUAGCUGACACUAUUGAUCUACCAUGUCGAAUUGCAAAGGGCUGCAAAUAUUGUAAAAGAGAUGAUGCUUCCUCCUGCCUUGUUCGGUUUGGGCUUGACAGGGAGUAUCUUGUUGAUUUAAUUGGGAACCCAGGUCACUUAUGUGAGCCUGAUUCCUUGCUCAAUGGUCCAUCUUCCAUCUCAAUUUCUUCCCCAUUGCGUUUUCCACAUCUCAAACCCGCUGUACCUGCCAUUGAUUUCAGGUCAUUGGCCAAACAGUAUUUUUCGGACUGUGAAUCAAUUAAUCUUGUAUUUGAUGAUGCUCCAGCAGGUACUACUACAAAUGAAGAAAAUCCUGGAUUCUCUCUUUAUCCCAAGAAACUCGAUAAGAUUGGCCCAGACAGAAAUGCCCUUGUGCAGAUCUCAAGUAAAAUAAAUGGUAGCUCACAGUUGCCCCUACGUCCUAACGUUGCUGGGCCAACUUCUCAUGAUGGAGAUUCCCAAUAUUCUCGGUCUAAAAUACACUCAAAGAACAUUAUUAAAGAUUCUUUAAAGCGUAUCUCUCCAAUAAGGCAUAGAGAUGUUGCAGUUCUAGGCUUCUCUGAUCCAAUUGUGGAUGCUAUUAAGGAUUCAAGGUUCUUUGAGGGCAGUCAACUUGUUUCUAGCAAACCAAGUAGGGAACUUGCCCUUGAAGUUGAUGAUUUGGACAUUCCAUGGAGUGAUCUUGUUUUAAGAGAGAGAAUUGGCUCUGGUUCUUUUGGAAUUGUCCAUCGUGCUGAAUGGAAUGGCUCUGAUGUUGCUGUGAAAAUCCUCAUGGAACAAGACUUGCAUGCUGAACGCAUCAAAGAAUUUUUGAGGGAGGUUGCAAUAAUGAAACGUCUACGGCAUCCAAACAUUGUUCUUUUUAUGGGAGCGGUUACUCAGCCCCCAAAUUUGUCAAUAGUGACAGAGUACUUAUCAAGAGGUAGCUUGUAUGGGCUUUUGCAUAAGCCUGGUGUGAAAGAGAUGUUGGAUGAGAGGCGUCGAUUGAGUAUGGCCUACGAUGUGGCAAAGGGAAUGAAUUAUCUUCAUAGACGCAAUCCUCCUAUUGUUCAUAGAGAUUUAAAAUCUCCAAAUCUUUUAGUUGAUAGAAAGUAUACUGUGAAGGUUUGUGAUUUUGGGCUUUCUCGUUUGAAGGCAAACACAUUUCUUUCAUCCAAGUCAGCAGCUGGAACUCCUGAGUGGAUGGCUCCAGAAGUCCUUCGUGAUGAGCCAUCAAAUGAGAAGUCUGACGUAUACAGUUUUGGUGUAAUUUUGUGGGAGCUUGCAACGUUGCAACAACCAUGGGGCAACUUAAAUCCAGCACAGGUUGUAGCAGCUGUUGGCUUCAAGGGCAAAAGGCUUGAUAUUCCACAUGAUCUGAAUCCUCAAGUGGCUGCCAUAAUUGAGGAGUGCUGGGCCAAUGAGCCUUGGAAGCGUCCUUCAUUUUCCAAUAUCAUGGAACGGUUAAAACCAUUGAGUCAACUUUCCAUCCCUCAACCGGGGCGUCCUGAUCUGCCAUUAGUCACCUGAAUGGUUUGAACUCCUGCAAAGUCUUCAUGCACAUAAUACAGCAUUCUUUUUGACAUUAUAUGCCUGGCAAGAUGCAUGCUGUUAAAUAAUCCAAGAAUUAGUGUUGUACAUGUCUGUUCUUAUAGCCAAUUGGGACUUCUGAAAUUUAACAUGGACUUAAGGGUGUGGAAAAGAAAAAAAGGAUUGCCAAAUAUCAUUGUUUCCAUAAGUAAAUUUUCACAUGCAAUUACGGGAAAAGUUGUAUCAUAUUGUCUCUCAUCGUUUUAUAUGUAAAGAUUGUAACCGAAAUUAGUUGAAUGAGAAGCAGCUCAUCGGCAUUCUAACAAAGAGAUAAGCCUUACAACGGGGUUAAUGGUGCCCCCCAUUGAAAUCCUAAAACUUUUUGAGAGAAUUAUGAAACUACCAAAAGUUUUUAUGCUUUUUUAGUUUUGUCCUCCAUUGGAAUUUGAUGUUGUUAAUUAUAUAAUUAGUAUUGAAUUUUUAAUUUUAAUUAGACAUUUCAUUUGUGAUAAUUUAAAUAUAUAAAAUUUCAUGUAACUUUUCAAGAAUAAUUUACCUCUCCUCCAUAAGGGACUAGCAACUGUUUUUGGUGCUUUUCAUUUGAUUUUGUUUCGAACGUGACAAGCGAACUUUUGCCAGUCCUUUCCCUUAUUCAAAGCUGCAAUUGUAGUAAUCGAGUGCUCUCGUGAAUGGAUGUUUAACUCCCUUCAAACAAACUGAUAGAAUAUUGAUCGGGCG